UUGCGUCUUUACGGGUGUCUGUGUCUCCUCAAGGGGAGCGGUUUCCCGGACCCCUCAAAACCGCUUUUGUUCGAUCUUCCGGUUCCCGUAAAACCGCUUCUCUGCCCUAGGGGCUUUCUUGGGGCCACUCCUGGGGUCUAGUUCGGAUCCAUCCAGGAUCACCGGAGAUCGGCCGCUCGGGAGAAAGAAUUUGCGCCGGGAAAUGACUCGAUUGCCCAAGAAGCGGCACGUGACUGGCAGUGAUUCUCUGGCGCCGGAAUCCGUCGAGGAGCCGGUGACACCGUCGGCUAGGUUCGAACCGCACCCGGCGCCGGCGAAUUCAUGUCUGGAAUCGGGGGACAGGCCCGUCCGGGUGUACGCCGAUGGAAUUUAUGAUCUCUUCCACUUCGGUCACGCGCGAUCGCUUGAGCAGGCGAAGAAAGCGUUCCCAAACACGUAUCUUCUUGUUGGUUGUUGCAGUGAUGAAGUGACACACAGGUACAAGGGGAAAACUGUGAUGACAGAAUCUGAGCGCUAUGAGUCACUUCGCCACUGCAGGUGGGUUGAUGAAGUUAUUCCUGAUGCUCCGUGGGUCAUUUCUCAGGAGUUUCUUGACAAACACAAGAUAGACUAUGUGGCGCAUGAUGCCCUCCCAUACGCAGAUGCAAGUGGUGCUGGCAAGGAUGUGUACGAAUUUGUUAAGGCUGUCGGAAAAUUCAAGGAAACUAAACGAACUGAAGGAAUCUCUACAUCAGAUCUCAUAAUGAGGAUUCUGAAAGACUACAAUCAGUAUGUUAUGCGUAAUCUAGCUCGAGGAUAUUCAAGAAAGGAUCUUGGUGUCAGCUACGUGAAGGAGAAACAGUUGAGGGUGAACAUGGGAAUCACGAAGCUGCGGGAAAAGGUGAACGAGCAUCGAGAAAAAGUAGGGGAGAUAGGGAAGAAGCUACAUAUUGUGGCAAAGACUGCUGGGAUGCACCACAGUGAAUGGGUUGAAAAUGCUGAUCGCUGGAUCGCAGGCUUCCUUGAGAAGUUUGAGGAAGGAUGCCACAUGAUGGAGACGGCCAUCAAGGAUCGUAUCCAAGAAGGUCUGAAAAGGCAGCAAUCGAGAAGCCUGGUAGACAUGCUGGAGUAGCCAUCACUGUAGUACAUAACUGGACCAGUUUGUUCCUUCAUCUCUGUUGUCUAAUUUUGUAAGACCGGCACUGCUGCAAAUUGAUCUGUUACCUUUAGUUUCGCCUCUUUGUGUGCUGAUGUUUCUAGUCGUCGCUCCUAAGGUCACCCUCUCUUGGUCCCAGUCUCUGUGGACUCCUUGUUUACUUUUUUUUUUUGGGUCUUUAUGGAGAAUAGGUUGUAAUGCAAAAGCUAGACAGUUUCAGUCAGUGAGAAUUAAGUUGAUAAGAUGGAAAAAAAAAUCUACUUCUCGAGUGCUUCCUGGAUUUA